AUGGAAUCCCGCGCAAAGAAGCUAGAUAAUGAUGUAAAAAGUGUGAAAUCCGAUUUCAAAAACCUAGAAACCAAUGUGAGCUCCUUAGGAGAAGUGUUCGAUUCAGUUAAGGAAACAGCAGAAGCAAAUAGAACCGUAAUAAACAAGAAUAGGAAAAGCUUAGAACAGUACAGACAAGAACAACAACUUUCCGAAAAUAUUAUAGCUGAUAAAAUGAAAAGAAUGGAAAACUCUAAUGAAAAGCUACAAAACUCAGUGACGGAUCUCAAGGCGCGGUCCAUGAGGGAUAACCUCGUGUUCUCAGGAAUCCCGGAACAAAGAGGGGAAGACACCGAGGCCCUGCUACAGGAUUUCCUCCAGAAAAAAUACAAGCUCGAGUACGAAAUCUCUUUUGAACGUGUUCACAGAAUGGGCAGAUGGAACGAAUUUAAUGAACACCCACGAAAUAUUGUGGCCAAAUUUACAUAUUACAUGGAUAGGGAGUUCAUCCGAACACAUGCGGCACAGAAGCUGAAAGGAUCAAAUGUCUGGUUGAAUGAACAAUAUCCCCCGUAA